AUGUCCGCAUCCGACAAGGAUCUAAAUAACAUCAGCCCUUCGCAUACGGGAUCUAAUGUUGCGGGAAAUGCAAGUCACAGUGGUGGUCCAAUAGGCAAUCAUGAUACAGGGAGUACCUACUUUGGACACUUACAUUAUCCGCACCAAGUCGGUACCAACCCUGCACCAGCAAGCAAGCCUCCGUCUCAAAACCAGAAUCAGAACCAGAAACCGACUUCGUCUCAGAAAUCUACAGUCAAUUCGCCCCCUGCCCCCAUUCAAAAGCCAAAGCAAACGACUCGCCCCCCGACAAACCAACCUACUACCAUCAAGCCUAGCGCGACUACAAAUAUACCAGCUCAACCUCCCAAGAAUGCCCCGGCACCAACACCACCAGGUUCCGCGGCGGUGAUGGCUGCCGUAAUGGCCCAGGCCCAGGCUGCAGCGGGCCAAGCAGUUGCCGCCCAACAGGCCAGCAAGCAGCAGACCCAAUCACACCAGCCACCUCCGCCUGCACCCACACCUGCAACUGUAGCCGCGCCUGCACCUGCGCCUACUCAGCCUGCUACACAACAUCCACCCCCAAUGCCAGCCCCCCAACCUCCUCAGGCAUAUCCUUAUCCUUACCCAUACUACUUGCCCCCUGGACAACCGGGCGCACCUCCUUAUCUGUACCCAGGAGCCCCGGGAGCUCCGGCCUUCCUCCCGGCCGGAACGCCAGGUCAGGGCGGAGCGCCGCCUCCAGGAUAUCCGUAUAUGUAUCCGAUGUAUCCGGCCCCAAUUCCUGUACCCCAAGCAUCUCCAGUCCGGUUGUCAAAGAAAGAAGACACAAAGAACUUACCAGGCUUGCCAAAAGUGCCGCCAGUGGAAGGCAAAGGCCUUGCAACCAUUGCCAAAAGAGAGGAGUCGCCUGUGAAUACGCUGAAAGACGCAAUAUGGCGGGGUAGUCCGAACGAAACAAAUAAUGGAGAGCCGGGCGCCUCUCAGGAUGAGUCUUCUCAACCUACCCAGCCAGAGGCUAAGCCUGCGGAGGGGGCCUCAGAUCCAGUGGACCCGAGUAAUUUCAACAACGCACAAGCUCAACCCAGCCCUCCUGCCGCAUCCAAUCCACCGCCACCUCCGCCACCACCCACUUCGAAUCCCUCAACCCAACCACCACCUCAAACUUCCCCUCCAAAUGCUGGCUCUCCACCCCAUCCAACACAAUUGGCUCAGCCUCCCCCACCAAUGGCAAUCUAUCCUCCGCCUCCUGGAUAUGCGUACCCACCACAGCUCUAUCCUGGGAUGCCUUUUCCGGCGCCUGGGCCCGACCCCAAUGCGCCAUACGCCCAUUUCGUGGGCAUGCAAUACGCUCAGCCCUAUGGUCCUUACAUGUGGGCGGCCCCUCCUCCACCACCCGGUCACGAACAAGCCCCCGCAGCCCAUGUUGGAGAGCAGGACGAAGGCGAGAGAGAUGCAGACGGCAAACUGAAAAUCAAGAGAACAUUUCAAGCAUGUCAAAAGUGCCGCCAGAGGAAAGCCAAGUGUAACGGGGCUCGUCCAAGUUGCCAACACUGUGCGAGUCGAGGUCUUGUUUGUGAAUAUGCCAAGGAAAGGAGUAAACCCCGGGGCACAAACGGAGAGGAGGGAGACGAGAUUUUGGACUCUCAGAGCACUGAAGCACCUACCACUAUGGACCCAACUCAAGCUAUGGUCCCUACAGCAUCUUCCCCGGUCAACCCCAACCAGCAAGUAGCGCCGGGAGCUCCUCCUGUUCCAGCAACUGCUCCACCAAACAUGUUCCCGCCGCCCUUUCCUUACGACCCCAAUGCGUACAACCCUCAUGUUGACCCCCACCAACAUGGUGGCCAACCGAUGUACCCCUUUCCACCAUAUGGAUAUGGCCAUCCGCCCGGAUUUGGAAGCAUCGCCGGUCCCCCACUAGUUCACAUAGGAGAAGAGGGCGCGGUUCCUCCAUACCACACCGCAGUACCCCCUCCAGCAGUCAUCCCUGGGCCGCCUCCUUCGAACAGCCCACCAUCAGGCUCAUCGAAACGACCCCGAACGAUUCGCCCCCCGGGUGCGCAGGGGAUGGGGAAAUCACGCAUUUUCCAGGCCUGUGAGCGCUGCCGAGAACGUAAAGCCAAGUGUGACGGCGUUCGCCCCAUAUGCACACAUUGCGCCACACGCGAUCUCAACUGUGAAUGGGCCGAUAAACGUCGCAUGCGUGGGCCCGCUAAGGGCAUCACCCCUAGGAGAACCCGUCAAGAGAACAACAAAUAUAUCACUCAAGAAAACAUAGAUGUAAAUAUGAGUAUGCAGGCCAUGCCAUUGGGGCUCAACGCAGCAGAGUUGCAGCAGAUUGAACCCCACGCGUCCACUGCCUCUGAACGUAAACGCAAGCGUCGUUCAAGCCAUAGCAGCGGCUCUCCCUCGCCAUCCGAGUCCAGUAGCAGCUCGGAUAGUUCGCCCUCUGAGAGUGAUGACGACGAUGCUGACAGGAACAGUACAAUGGGAAUAGGAGCGGGAGUCGUAUCGAGUGGGUGGUCAUAA